CAAUCAUCCAAAUCUAAAAUAUCAUCUACAGCUACAAUAUGAACUCCAACUUCACCGAAAAGAUGGGCUACAACGGCUACCCUGCCUACCAACCGCCCUUCCAACCAUACCAACAGCCCUACCCUCAAUACUCCUACCAACCAGCACAGCCAUACUACACCCAAGGCCCACCCCAACAACAAUAUCCCGGUCCACGCGCCUACGAAGUAACCUUCACCAGCUGGUCAGGCCGACACAUGCGCAUCACCGAAGAAACCCGCGAGGGCCCGCUCGCAUACACCGCAGACCUACACAACCGCAAACCACACAUUAUCUUCCAAGCCGAAGGCACAGCAAACCUCCCAGCAACAGUCACAUACCACAACUUCCGCAGCACAAUCGACCUGAGCAUCAACGGGGCCGACCUAUCCCUCCGCAGUGAAAGCAAAUGGAAGCACCAGUACGCCUUUGACUCGCUCGCCAUCCAGGGCAAGCAUCUCGUUUGGAAGAGCCGGUCGUGCUCGAUGAAUAUGGAGUGUACCGACGAGAGCGGGAAUGUGUAUGCCAAGUUCACGGCACACAACAAGGGGUGGAGUGGGAAGAAGGCCGGGCGGUUGGAGAUCUUCCCCGCUGCGGCGGUUGGGGGGAAGGGUCUUGCUGAUGAGUUGGUUGUUACGUGUCUGGCGAAUGUUUAUCUCAUUCUGCAGCGGACGACGGCGGCAAAUUCGGCGGCUAGUGCUAGUGCCGGUGCUGCUGCUGCUACUUCUGUCUCUGUCUAGAUUUCUUUUGUGUUUUUUUGUUCUAUAUCCCUGUUAGCGUGUUUUCACUAUAGAUCUUGAUGUUAAUAUACCAUUGCGUGUCUGGAUUUAUCAUAUCUAUAUAGUAUAUGUAUUCCAAGGUUAAACCAAAUAUACCAGUAGCUAUAUCUCUGGGUAUAGUCCAUAAAAAUUA